UUCGCAAUAAAAUGGGUGUGGUUGAAUCGCGCAUAUGUGAUGCUACGUGUUUCUGGUGCAGACCGAAUGAUUUCAUAUGGGACUGAAUUGACAGCAGAGUGAGCGCACAUUAUUUGAAUUAUUUAGAAAACAACUGUACUGUUGUUUAUGUUAAAUUCACCCCGCCUCCUAUUCUGGCACAGUCACAUUUGAACUGAUGGAUUGGUUAUAUGCUCCUCCGGAGAGAUAGCCAAGUCGAUUUUGGUUACUUUAUUUUCAUUUCUUUGAAGGGCAACGGGGUGCCUCGCAUUUUACUGAAUAGGUCAUUUCUUGGACGUGGAGCAGCGGCCAAAACGAAGAGACCAAAACGAGAAGACGAACGAAGAAGGCUCUCGGAAGGAAAGGCGAGGAUCAGCGAAAUCGCAACGCAAUAUAAAGACAACGACGGCGUGUACUUAAUUCGAAAGCUUUACUGUAUUUGGACAUUACAUUUGUCGCUAAUUAUAUUACUUAAGGCGCCUUUUUUCUCCAAAAGCAAAGUGUGCUAAAAUCAGGAAUAUCGUGGAAAAGGCUUCUUCUCAUCCUCUCUAAACGAUCAAAGGGCGAUAUGGUGGCUCCAUACUUUCUGAUAACAUCGUUUUGAUUCGUUUCAUACAUGAAACACUGAGUCGCUGAGGCCUAACUAGCACCAGGAAAGAACCGACAGUAUGCAGUCCUAAUCAUUUUCCAGCAGAAAAAUUCCCUGCGAAUUACUUCCGCCACCCACUUCAGCAUUCCAGUCACUUUACGCGGAGAGGGACUAAAGCCAAACAGGAAGAUUAACAGGUGUCUGAGGGGGUGAGAGAGGUCAGAGGGUAAAGGUUAAAGAACAUUUCAAGAUGAGUGAGCUCGAGCAGCUUCGACAGGAGGCUGAGCAACUGCGUAAUCAGAUCAGAGAUGCCAGGAAGGCAUGUGGAGAUUCCACACUUACUCAGAUAACAGCAGGCCUGGACCCGGUGGGGAGGAUACAGAUGAGGACGAGGCGCACUCUGCGUGGGCAUUUGGCUAAAAUCUACGCCAUGCAUUGGGGCUCAGAUUCCAGGCUUCUUGUUAGUGCCUCGCAGGAUGGAAAACUCAUAAUCUGGGACAGCUACACUACAAACAAGAUGCAUGCCAUCCCAUUACGGUCAUCAUGGGUGAUGACAUGUGCGUAUGCGCCAUCCGGAAACUUUGUGGCCUGUGGUGGACUGGACAACAUUUGCUCCAUAUACAGCUUAAAGACGAGAGAGGGCAAUGUUAGAGUCAGCCGGGAGUUGCCUGGCCACACAGGUUACCUUUCCUGUUGCCGUUUCAUAGAUGACAAUCAAAUUAUCACCAGUUCAGGAGACACAACCUGUGCUCUGUGGGACAUCGAGACUGGUCAGCAGACCACGCUGUUCUCGGGUCACAGUGGAGAUGUGAUGAGUCUUUCAUUGGCUCCAGACUCACGGACCUUCAUCUCCGGGGCCUGUGAUGCCUCCAUUAAACUCUGGGACAUCAGAGACAGCAUGUGCAGACAGACGUUCACCGGUCACGAGUCAGACAUUAAUGCUGUCUGUUUCUUCCCCAGCGGCAGUGCAUUUGCAACCGGUUCCGAUGACGCCACCUGCAGGCUGUUUGACCUGCGUGCAGAUCAGGAGCUAUGUUUGUACUCUCAUGAUAAUAUCAUCUGUGGCAUCACCUCUGUGGCCUUCUCCCGCUCUGGCCGCCUGCUGCUCGCCGGAUACGACGACUUUAAUUGCAACAUCUGGGAUGCCAUGAAGGGAGACCGAGCAGGAGUGCUGGCUGGCCAUGACAAUCGUGUGAGCUGUCUUGGGGUCACAGAUGAUGGCAUGGCCGUGUCUACAGGUUCCUGGGACAGCUUCCUGAAGAUCUGGAACUGACCACACACAGCUCACAUAUAGUACACUUUAUUCACUCAUCAUACACACUGUAUGUACUUUACUGUACAUAUGAUGUACACUUGCCUACACAGACACAUAUGCCUGACAAAGAACUGUACAUACUAUAUAUAAUGGUAAUUAGUUAUAUGUUUACACCAAAUCUUUUCAGUGCCACAUCAUUGUAUACAUAUACAGUUACACUAUAGGUAGGUUUGGACCACGAGUUUGAAACAGGAAUGUUUACACACACACUUUUUCCCUUACGUAAGCUUUGCUGGACCUACACGGUACCUUUACUCACUAAGAGACACAAGUGCAUUUGGAGGAAUGCUUGUUGAGUGAGUCAUCUUGAUUUGAGCGUACAAUCCAAAACAUUUAUUUGAAACUUUGACAUACUUUUGAUAAUUUUGAGACUGAACCUUGGGAGUUGGAGUUGAUGCAUUGAAGCGCUUUCAUUUUAAUUUUGACUUACUGUCAUUAUGUCUUCUAUACUCAAAAAAAUAAGUACUGAUGUUUCUAUGAGCAUGUAGAGUUGAAAAGAUGGAAGAUUCUGAUACAGUUACCCACCAAGAAUGUCCUGGGCUGCGUUUCUCAAAAGCAUCGUGAGAGGAGUUGAUUGUAGAGAAUGGUUUCCACAGUCAAAUUGGGCUCACAAUACUUUUGGGAAAUGCAGCCCUGGUUGAUACAGAUCACACUUUAUGUAGUCCAUGUUUUUAUAGAUGCGUAUGCCAGCAUAUUCAAGUAUACAAGUAAAUAUAUGUUUGUCUUUAAUUUUUUGUUUAGAUUUGACCUUUUUUAAAUGCCUAUUUUAUUCAUGCUUUCCUGUGUGCCACACCCUAAGGAGAAUAAAGAAAGCUGAAAAAAAAAAAAAAAAAAAA